UGCCACCCCUCCUUGUGCGUAAUGGUCUCAGCCUGAACACCCCUGCAGGAAUAGUCCGUCUCCAUCCCCAUGUCCGAGCUCUUAUUUUGAAAAGCCGCGACGCACUGACUGCGUCGGGCUCGUCGCAGGUUUGUGUUGAUCCAUCCGAGCAGCUGCUGAUCCUCCGGGGCGACGGACACGGCCGGUCCAGCCCUGGUGCACCGGGACCGGAGCGGAGCGGGGCGGGGCGCAGCGCUUCACCGGGGAUGGCGUCUCUCGGCGCGGGGCUGCAUCUGAUCCGGCGGCGGGGAGCGGGCCGGAGCUCCGCGGUGGAGAGGAGGAAUCUGCUCACGGUGUGCAGGUUUUCUGUGAAGACUCUGCUGGAUCGCUCCUGUUUCGAGACGAUAGAUGAUUCGUCUCCGGAGUUCGUUAACUUCGUUUCCAUCCUGGAGCACAUCCUCAGCCACCGACUCAAAGGUCAGACCACUUGGUUCGGAUAUGAGAGUCCUCGGAGUUUCUGGGAUUAUAUAAAAGCCGCCUGCAGCAAAGUAGCUCAUAACUGCAUCCGGAGCAUGGAGAGCAUGGAGAACGUACGAUCAUCGAGAGCCAAGGGCAGAGCUUGGAUCAGAGUGGUGCUGAUGGAGAAGAGACUGUCGGAGUACAUCUCAUUUGCACUGAGGGACUUCAAAACCAGCAGGAGGUUUUACGAGGACGGAGCGAUCAUGCUGGGAGAGGAGGCCGGACUGUUAGCCGACACGCUCAUCGGACUCAACACCAUCGACUUCAGCUUCUGUCUGAAAGGAGAAGGUCUGGACGGCAGCUGUCCUGCUGUGAUCGACUACACGCCUUAUCUCAAGUUCACUCAGAGCGCAGACAGCAUCAGCAGCGACGAGGAGGAGAUGAGGACUCUGGGCAGCAGCGGCAGCGAGAGCAGCAGCCCCGACAAAACGGCCACCGCCGCCUCCAUCUUCACCGAGCAGAGCAACCUGGUCAGCAAGUGCAAGCGCUUCGAGCAGAAGUACCGCAUGGCGCUGGAGCAGAAGGGUUACCUGGAAGAGCUGGUUCGUCUCCGAGAGGCCCAGCUGUCCGAGGCCGUUUCCCACAACAAGGCUCUUCAGCAGAGCCUGGCAGACGCCCACCUCUCCCACACGGUGGAGAAAGAGCAGCUGGAGUACAUCAUCCUGGAGCUGCAGGACCAGCUGACGGUGCUUAAGAACAACGAUUUGAGGUCCAGACAAGAACUAACAGCCCAUCUGACCAAUCAGUGGCCGUCUCCUGACGCCUUGGAUGCCAAUGCCGUCGCCUUGGAUACGCUGCUGUACAGGAAGAACACGGGACAGUGGGACGAGAAGAGCUUCCAGAGUCUGGAGCAGCUGUCUGCUGAUAUGAGUCUAUCGCAGACGUCUCUUGAACCGUCGCAUACGUUGAGUCUGGAGGCCCGACCGGCCAACACACAGUGGCCUCACCAAGGUAAAGAGGAAACUCCGUCUCUACGAGGUCUGUGCGGCUCCCUGACGUCGGUAGCCAGCUACAAGUCUCUGGCCAGCCUGAAGUCCAGCGAGUGUUUGGCCAGUCCUGCGACGGAGAUCAGCAGCCCGGGCAUCACUCCUUCGUAGAGCUAGACAACGGCUUCCCGCCAGACAAUCCAGGAAUUUUCUCAAUGUAGGUGAUUUUUUGUUCAUUUCCGUUCUGUGUGUGGAGUCGAGAGCUUUAAGAGAAGAAAGUUUGCGAGCUGAGGAUAUGAUGUAGCAUGUUGCAGCUCCAUCGUACUGAAUAAUGUCUCAUUAAUGUACCAUUAAAAUGACCCCCGACACUUUAGAGGAUCUCUAAAUGUAACUUCAUCAAAGUGUAUUUAAGUUAUUUUGUCCAGUUGGUGUUUUUAAUCUUUGGAGCAAAUGAAUUGAACUAAUAGUACAUUGAUGUAUGAACUCUAAUGCCCCUUCGCAGCAUUGAAUAGUGAGUUUGUAUCUCUGAGAAUGUUGAAAAUCAGAGAUCAGAGUUGUGAGAAAACACAAAAUACUGCAAACCCGAGCAACACUAUGGGUUAUUUUCUGCAGUUAAAAGGAUCUUUUAGUCUCUUGUUGUGUAGCCACCAAUUUCUUUGAUGUAUGAUGGCGAAUGCACGUCUCUUUUGUCACAUUAUGUCUUUAAAAUUUGGGAUAGCACAGUCUUUAGUUCUCAGGUGUUAAUGUUUUUCUUCCUCUGUGUUACUUUGUCACUGUUGUGCAUCAUGCAGUAUCACAUGGUUUUGUUCUCAGGUAAUGAUUUUAGUUCUGGGUUUGCUUUAAAGCUGUGACUGAUAUGAGAUUCCCUUUAAAUAUUAAAAUGCAGUAUUUCACUGUAAUUGCUGGUUACCACGAAUAGAUCAUUCCUUAAACUGUGUAUAAUGAAUUGUGUUUAGCAUUCGGCAAUUAAUAACGUGCAGCAGAUAUUCUGACAAUGAGAAACAAGUGUUAUUAGCAGAAGCUCAGUAUGUCAUGUAUUAUUGGUGACUAGCUGUGUACCUCAACACUGAACACAGAUGGUACACAACAGAAGUGAGUACACCCCAUGCAGUAUCAGUUAAAUGGCAAAUUAUUCUGCAUUGCAUCACCUUACAGUAACUGUGGUACUUCGAAGUCGAACAGUCGGUUGUUUGCUCUGAUGUCAGUAAAGAAAGUAAACUUUAAGUUGGCUAUAUUGAAAAUACAGACCCCACAGUAGAAACUCAAACU